AUGGGGUCUAUUGAACUCUCAGAAGAAAAGACUUACACACAACCCAGAAAUUCCUCAUUACCGUCCUGGAAGCUCACAGCCAGGGAGAUUCUGGCCACCAAGACCCAAAACUACUUUGCUCAGACAAAACGAACCAAGAACAUCUUGAUGCAGAUGGCCUUCUCCAUUGGGCUGGGCAGUGUAUGGCGCUUCCCCUACCUGUGUCAUCGGAAUGGAGGAGGCAACUUUAUCCUGAUGUACUUCUUCAUGCUCUGCUUGUUCGGGAUUCCCCUCUUGUACAUGGAGAUGAUCAUGGGGCAUUGGCUGCGUGUGGACAACAUCCGGGUCUGGAAGCAGCUCGUCCCCUGGCUGGGCGGCAUAGGAUACGCUAGCAUAUUGGUAUGCAUCUUGAUAAGCUUGUAUCACAGUGUCAUCAUCACAUGGAGCAUUUCCUACCUGGGCAACUCCUUCGAUAACUCCCUGCCCUGGAACCAGUGCCCACCAGGGAAGACCAUCAAUGUCACUGACCUCUCUUGCCUCCGGACGGUGUCCCACCAGUACUUCUGGUACCACAGCACCCUGAGUGCCUCAGGCCAUAUUGAGGAAGGGGUCGAGGCCCUCGUCCUGCAGCUCACCCUGGGCAUCUUUGCAGCCUGGUGCAUCCUCUUCUUAAUCAUGAUCACAGGGCUAAAGACUUCAAUGCUGAUCCUGGUUUUCACGGUGUUCCUUCCCUGCAUCAUCCUCCUCUGCUUCCUCAUCCAAAGUCUCUUCUUGGAGGGUGCCAUUGCCAGCCUCAGACAUAUGGUGACCACAGAGCUCUCAGCCUGGGCCUCGCUGGACCUGUGGCGUCAGGCCGGAGGCCAUGUGCUCUAUUCCUUGGGCCUCGGCAUGGGCACCACCAUCAACUUCUCCUCCUACAAGGCUGGAGAAGACAACUAUAUCCAGGUGGCCUCCUUGAUGGCCCUGGUCAAUCUGGGGACCUCAUUGCUGGUCACAUCCAUCAUCUUUAUUGUGCUGGGGUUCUGGGCCACCACCAGUGGUCCCACCUGUGUUGAAAAGAGCGUCUCAAAGAUGAUGAAACUGAUAAAAAGGGGCGUCCUGCCUCAGGAUGCCAAGCCCCCAGAGGACAUCCUGCUCCUGCCCCCCCUGGACUACCUGGAGUGGAUCAGCCACCUCCCUCAGCACCUCCAGAACCAGAUCAUCCGCUUCUCCCCGUCCUGCAGCAUCAAGACGCAGAAGGGAAAGUUCAUGGAGGGCCCCGGCCUGGCAUUCGCAGCCUUCUCCCAAGCCGUCUCCUUGUUCCCUGGUGCCUCUUUCUGGGCCAUCCUCUUCUUCUUGAUCCUGGUCAUCACAGGGCUGAACACCUUGAUAAGGAUCUUGGAAAGCAUUACUUAUCCCCUCCAGAACUCCAUCUCCAUCUUCAGGAGGUAUCCCAAGCUGCUAUCAGUGUUUGUCUGCUUGGGAGGUUUUCUGGGAAGCCUCAUCUUCACCAGUCACGCUGGCAGCUACGUAAUGUCCUUGUUUGAUGAUUGCCUGGUCCCGCUCACCCUCAUCAUCAUUGUGGCCUUCCAGAAUGUGGCCCUGGCCUGGAUCUAUGGAGCUAGGAGGGUCAGGGAAGAAAUAUUCGGUGAUCUGGGCCGCCUGCUGUGGUCCUUCCUCACUGUCCUGUGGUGCUAUGUGACCCUGCCUGGGCUGCUGGCCCUGACCACCAUCAGCCUCAUGCAGCUCUACCAGACGGAACCCCCCUACUACAUUGCCUGGAACAGCAGUAUGAGCCAGGAGGUGAAACAGCCCUACCUGCAGGGCACCCUGAGCUGGGUCACCUUCCUCAGCGUCCUCGCCUUCCUGCCGAUCCCCAUCUACCCGCUUCAACACUGGUGGUACCUCCAGGACCACAUUGCUUCUGACCCCUUUGAAAAGCUACAGUCCAAAAAGAUGCCUUUGGUGCCCCCCAAGCCCUGGCCUAAGCACAGCAUGAAAUCCCAGGAGGGAAACAAAGACAGCUCCUCCAAGAGGCGCAGCCUGUCCUUGACUAGGGGGCUGAACCUGAACUCGUGGCGGCGGUUCAGCUUGCCCUUGAGCAGCCAGAGCUCUUCCUGGUUCAGCCUGCCUGUCAUGAACUCGCUGUCCACACUGUCCACGAGGAGUUUCAGCCUUCCGGUCUCAAGGCAGGUGAGCCCGGCCUUAACACCCAUAGACAACAGUGACCAGCACGUGAAGACCAGCGACGAAAACCAGCAGGGGAACUCUGUUCGGUAA